UUUGAAACUAGGUCGUCUUUGAUUUCAAAACAUUGUUAAAAAUGUUUAAAUGUACAUACUUAACUAAGCAAACUUAUAACAUAACUUAUAUAUAGCAACAUGUUUAGGAAGCUCGCUGUGCUGCAUCUUUCGCCCAGAUGUUGGUUAUCCUGCCAGCGUUCAGCCAGCAAGCGUAUUCCGCUGGAGGAUCCGGCAAUCAAUAUGCAGACCUCGCUGGUGCUCAUGGAUGAUGCGCGUCGUUUUAUACACGACUGUCUGCGGCGUGUGGGCGUGCCCGUGGCCAAGCUGCGCUGCAUCAGCGAUGUAAUCCUGGCUGCUGACUAUAGAGGCGUCUACGGCACCGGCAUUAAUCGGCUUGAGCUGUAUUUGCGUGAUAUAAACCAACGCUAUUGCCGCUACGAUGUGGAGCCACAGAUAAUAAGCGAAACGGUAGCUGCAGCUCAUGUGGAUGGCAAGAAUGCCAUAGGUGCGCUGGUGGGCAACUUUUGCAUGGAUCUGGCCGUGGAGAAAGCAAAGAAGGCGGGCAUAGGCUUUGUGGUAGCGAAGCGCUCGCAUCACAUUGGUCUGGCCGCUUGGUAUGCCUUUCGUGCAAUGGCCCAAGGCUUUAUUGGUCUGGUCAUGUCCAAUGCGGCGCCCAUGAUGGUAGCGCCAGGUACGCAGACGUCCACGCUGGGUGCCAAUUGCCUGGCCUUUGGCGCCAAGGGCAAGCAGUCGCAUAUUAUGCUGGACAUGAGCACAGCCAUGAAGGAAGUGGGCGCCAUUGAGUGGGCUAUGAUGAAAAAUGAGCAUAUACCAGAUAAUUGGGCAAUGAAUGAUUGUGGCUCACCUACCUGUUUUCCCAGCUUGGCUCUGGCGGCUCAGCGUCUGUAUCCUGCGGGCGAGCAUAAAGGCUAUUGCCUGUCGGCCAUGAUUGAUGUUCUAUGUGGCGUCAUGUCGGGCGCUAAUUAUAGCACACGCAUUCCACGCUGGUGGGCCGAGUGUCAGGGUCACAGUCCCGACCUAGGAUUGGUUAUGCUCGCCAUAGAUCCUGCAGUGUUUGUGUCGGACUUUGAGGGACGCCUCGACGACUUUUGUGAACGCAUUACCAGCAGCUGCCCAGUGGAUGAAAAUUGUCCAGUAAAGCUGCCCGGCGAGCUGGAGAAGCAGCAUAUGUACUAUGUGGAUGAUUUGCGUGCUCUGCCGUAUCCCAAUGUGCUGCUGUCCAAGUAUAAGUCAAUUGCGGACAUGCUAUGCGUGGAGCCACUCAAAUUGUCCUUUGAGUGCAAGAUUAAAAAGAAGGAAUGCGAUUAAAUAAGCAAUAAAUAUAAUAAACGUUAUU